AUGUCUUCCCAACCCGUCGUCGACGACGAGAAGCACUACGCCAAGGAUCCCGUGAUGGAUAGCCAAAAUGGCUAUAAGGGAUCCCACGAUGAGGAGGUCGGCGUUGUCACCAAGGGCGAGCCCCUUCAGCGCAACCUACGCAGUCGCCACAUGCAGAUGAUCGCCAUCGGUGGUGCUAUUGGAGCAGGUCUCUUCGUCGGUUCUGGUGGUGCUCUGCGAACUGGUGGUCCGGCCGCUUUGGUCAUCGGCUACAUGAUUGUCGGAAUCAUGUUGAUGUUCACGACCCAGGCCCUCGCUGAAAUGGCUGUCCUCUAUCCGGUCAACGGUGCCUUCUUCACCUACGUCUGCCGCUUCGUCGACCCAUCCUGGGGCUUCGCCAUGGGCUGGGAUUAUGCCAUCGCUUGGCUCACCGUUCUUCCCUUCGAACUCGUCGCAGCAAGUAUCACAAUCAAGUUCUGGCGUGACGACAUCAACAUGGGUGUCUGGGUCACAGUCUUCCUCGUCCUACUCGCAAUCAUUCAAAUCUUUGGUGUCCGCGGCUAUGGUGAAGUCGAGUUCAUCCUCUCCAUCAUCAAGAUCGCGGCUUGCACGGGCUUCAUCGUUCUCGGCAUCGUCAUCAACUGCGGCGGCGUCGGUGACAAGGGCUAUCUCGGUGCCAAGUACUGGCACGACCCGGGCGCCUUCCAGAACGGCUUCAACGGUUUCGCUGGCGUCUUCGUCGUUGCUGCUUUUGCUUUUGGCGGCACCGAGCUCGUCGGUCUGGCUGCUGCCGAGUCCACGAACCCUCGAAAGGCCAUUCCCACUGCCUCCAAGCAGGUCUUCUGGCGUAUCGCCUUCUUCUACAUCGUCAACCUCUUUAUCCUCGGCCUCAUCGUCCCCGCCAACGACCCCCGUCUCAUGGGCUCCUCUGGCGCUAACACCAAGGCAUCUCCCUUCGUCCUCGCCAUCCAGGACGCCGGUAUCAACGUUCUCCCCUCCAUCUUCAACGCCGUCAUUACCAUCUCCGUCAUUAGCGUCGCCAACUCUUGCACGUUUGGAUCCACCCGCACGAUGCAGGCUAUGGCCGAGCGUGGCAUGGCCCCCCGCGUCCUCGCCUAUGUUGACAAGGCGGGUCGGCCCAUCUGGUGCGUCCUCAUCCAGCUCGCCUUCGGUCUGCUGGCCUUCAUAGGCGAGUCGGCCGACAGCAGCACCGUCUUUGGCUGGCUCCUCGCCCUCUCCGGUCUGUCCUACUUCUUCGUUUGGGGCUCCAUCUGCCUGGCCCACAUCCGCAUGCGUCUGGCCUGGAAGCUGCAGGGCUACACUCUUGAGCAGAUCCCGUACAAGGUGCCUCUUGGCAUCUGGGGUAGUGUCAUCGGCCUGGGCCUGAACUUCAUCUGCCUCAUCGCCACCUUCUAUAACGCUCUAUACCCCUCCCCUGACGCCACCCCCGAUGCCGAGGCCUUUUUCACCCAGUACCUCGCGGCUCCCAUCGUCAUCUUCCUGUACCUGCUCUGGAAGGUCAUCUCUCGCGACACUAGCAUGUACGUGCCGCUCAAGGACAUCGACCUCAAGUCGGGCGUCCGCCUCCAGGAACCCAGCGACGAGCCCAUGCCCGAGAAGACGUGGGCCAACCUCCCCCGACGGGUUGCCCGCGCUCUGUUCUAG